AUGCCAAGCUUUGUGGUCGACCAGGCAAAUCGUCGAAGAAACAUCACCGAAAGCGCUAUCUCCAGAGAUUUUUUCCAAUUGGAAAAGAAAAUCCAGAAAACUCGCCAGAGACCGCAAUACGCAUUUCCCCGCAAACCCCUCCCCCGCCAACCCGCUGCCCCUCUCCGCGGCCGCCAUACAAAAAAAAAAAAAUCCGCAUACAUCCCCGCCCUCUACUACACGCUUCGAGCAACUGUCCAAUCCACCAUGUCACCCUCUCCAGACUACAAAACCAACCUCCUCUCCCACCUCAUCUCCAACAACGUCCUCUCCUUCGGCUCCUACACCCUCAAAUCCGGCCGCAACUCGCCCUACUUCUUCACCACCACCCUCCUGCACACCGCACCCCUCCUCCACGCAACAGCUUCCGCCUGCGCCACCGUCCUGUCCUCGCCGCCCUUCGUCUCAUCCGCCCAAAACGAUGGCAGCCCCGCCCGCCCAAAUUUCGACAUCAUUUUCGGCCCCGCCUACAAGGGUAUCCCGCUCUGCACGGCCGUGCUGAACGAGCUGGGUGUCCGCGACACGACUGGCGCCUGGGAUAAUGUUAGCUACUCGUUUAAUAGGAAAGAAGCAAAGGCCCACGGCGAGGGCGGGAAUAUAGUCGGUGCGCCAUUAAAGGGAAAGAAAGUGGUUAUAAUUGACGAUGUCAUCACGGCCGGCACGGCUUUGAGGGAAGCAGUGGGUAUUAUAGAGAAGGAGGGUGGCACUGUUGUGGGCGUCCUGGUACUCCUAGACCGGGAAGAGCGCGUUAAUGACGCUGAAAAGAAGAGCGCUGUGGGCUGCGCUCAGAGAGACUUGGGUGGAAACGUUCCUGUCAGAGCAGUGCUAGGGUUAAGCGACAUCAUUGACAAACUCGGGAACGAUAUUGGAGACGAAAAUCUAAAGCGUUUGAAAGAUUAUCGUGCGCAGUAUGGGGCGGAAGAGUAA